AUGAAUCCCCCACCAAAGCCAGACUUUUACGGAUUAUUCCUCUCGCAUCAACUCGUAAACUUCAACACCCAAGUCGUCGUUGAGCCAAUACCGUCAAGAUGUCGCUACCAGACUAAGUACAAGCGCCGCCAGCAGGGCAAGACCGAUUACUACGCCCGAAAGCGCCUUAUCACCCAGGCCAAGAACAAGUACAACGCCCCCAAGUACCGCCUGGUCGUCCGCUUCACCAACAAGGACAUCAUCUGCCAGAUCGUCACCUCUGAGAUCACUGGCGACAAGGUCUUCGUCUCUGCCUACGCUCACGAGCUCAAGGCUUACGGUAUCGAGCACGGUCUCACCAACUGGGCCGCUGCUUACGCUACCGGUCUCCUCGUCGCCCGCCGUGCCCUCAAGAAGCUCGGCCUCGAUGAGGACUUUGCUGGUGUUGAGGAGGCUGAUGGUGAGUACAAGCUCACUGAGGCCGCCGAGACCGACGAUGGUGAGCGCCGCCCCUUCAAGGUCUUCCUUGAUGUCGGUCUGAAGCGAACCUCCACCGGUGCCCGUGUCUUCGGUGCCAUGAAGGGUGCCUCUGACGGUGGUAUCCUCGUCCCCCACUCCGAGAAGCGUUUCCCUGGCUACGAUAUGGAGACCAAGGAGCUCGACGCCGACACCCUCCGAAACUACAUCUUCGGUGGCCACGUCGCUGAGUACAUGGAGACCCUCGCCGAUGACGAUGAGGAGCGUUUCCGCAGUCAGUUCCAGAAGUAUGUCGACGACGACGUUGAGGCUGAGGGUCUUGAGGACCUUUACACCGAGGCCCAUGCCGCCAUCCGUGAGGACCCUUACAAGAAGGCCGAGAGCGACGCUCCCAAGAAGACCAAGGAGGAGUGGAAGGAGAUCUCCAAGAAGUACAGGAGCAAGAAGCUCACCAAGGAGGAGAAGGAGAAGCGUGUCCAGGAGCGCAUCCAGGAGAUCAUGCAGCAGGAUUAA